AUGUUCUGCUGGAAGAAGCUGCUGGACGGUACCAGAGGUUCGGUACCAGAGGUUCAGUACCAGAGGUUCAGUACCAGAGGUUCAGUACCAGAGGUUCAGUACCAGAGGUUCGGUACCAGAGGUUCAGUACCAGAGGUUCGGUACCGGUACCAGAGGUUCAGUACCAGAGGUUCAGUACCAGAGGUUCGGUACCAGAGGUUCGGUACCAGAGGUUCGGUACCAGAGGUUCGGUACCAGGGGUUCGGUACCAGAGGUUCGGUACCAGAGGUUCGGUACCAGAGGUUCGGUACCAGAGGUUCAGUACCGGUACCAGAGGUUCGGUACCAGAGGUUCGGUACCAGAGGUUUGGUACCAGAGGUUCGGUACCAGAGGUUCGGUACCAGAGGUUCAGUACCAGAGGUUCGGUACCAGAUGUUCAGUACCAGAGGUUCGGUACCAGAGGUUCUGCGGUCCAGUUUCACUCGUCAGGGUGGAGUCUGGGAACGUAGGAAACCUCCCAAGACGGGUCACUUCCCCGUCAGCGUGAUGGGAACUGAGUGCACGUUGGGACACUUCUCCAUGACCUGCUGGUUCCACUCCCUCAGCUUCUCCUGCUGGUUCCUCUCCCUCAGCUUCUCCAUGACCUGCAGGUUCAACUCCCUCAGCACCAGAACAGGAACAGACUGCAGAGCAUCACUGUGCUCUAAAAUCAUCGGCCUGCCGGUCAGAACUCUGUCUGUGGUUUUCAACCAGCAGGCCCUCAGCCAGGCAGAUAAAAUCAUGAAGGACCCUCCCACAUACUCCACCCUGCAUUCCAGUCCAAUCAGCGCCGGGCUGCGCAGCCGCUCAGCCAAUCAGCGGCCGCGCCGGCCCCGCCGCCGCCUCUGUGCCGCAGAGCCGCGUCUGACACCAGGAACCGUGCUCGGAACCUCCGGACCUCGUCCCCACCGGGCCGGGAGCCGCGGCCGCACCGCGCCUCCCUCCGCCGCAGCUUCCGCUCUCCUUCCAUUUAAUCUGGUCUCGGACCCGGAGCGGCUUCCUGUUGACUGUCCCGGAUCCGCGGACAUCUCUGCGGCUGUGGCCGGCCAGCCGCCCCGGAACCCGACCUGGAGCAGACCUGCGGCCCCUGUUGACCCCGCCGACCCCCCACUGACCCUGGAGCAGCUGAUCCAGAUGGAGGACCCCGACACGGAGCUGGUGGUGUCGGAGUCGGACGCCCUGGGCGCCGACUUCAUCACGGUGGAGCUGGACACGCAGCCCAUCGAGUACGUGGUGAAGUGGGCGGAGGUCGGCUCCAAGUUCACCAUCUCCUGCGUGAAGAAGGACUCGGACGAGCCGGCCGAGCUGGAGGCGGGCGAGGCCUUCUUCACGCCCUACGAGGAGGUGUUCCCCUGCGAGGUGACGGAGCAGAGCGUGGAGAUCAAGACGGACUCGGACCUGGACCUGGACCUGGAGGAGGAGGAGGAGGAGGACGAGGAGGAGGAUGACGAGGACGAGGAGGAGGUGCUGGUGGAGGCGGGGGGGUCCCACCUGGACCCGGACUCGGACCAGGAAGACUACGAGCCCGAGGAGCGGCAGUUCCGCUGCAGCUACUGCGGGAAGAGCUACAGCCACGCGUCCAGCCUGUACCGGCACCAGCAGACGCACGGCAAGGGGGGGGCGGGGGCGGCCCCCAGCCGGGCCCUGGAGCCCCCCCACCCCGACGCCCGCUACGUCUGCCCGCACUGCGGCCUCAGCUUCAAGGGCAGCAGGAUGCUGGGCAGCCACCUGCGGCUGCACGGGAAGCGGCGCAUCCACCCGUGCAACAUCUGCGGUAAGGAGUUCAACCACAGCUCCAGCCUGUCGCGCCACCGCCUCAUCCACAAGAAGGGCAAGGGCCUGCCGAAGGACGCCGGCUUCAGCGCCGCCGCGCUGCGCCACUCGCUCAAACCCGCCGCCCGGAACAAGCGCUCCAAGAAGCCGGCGGGCCACGUAGCCCCGGUGGCCCACGUAGCCGCGGCGGCGCUGCUGCAGGGCGGCGGCGCCGACCGCUUCUACGCCUGCCCGCAGUGCGACAUGAGCUUCCGCACGUCCACGCAGCUCAACAAGCACCAGGUGAGCCACGUGAAGCAGCUGCUCGGCGGCUACACGGCCGGGAAGGAGAACCUUCAGGCGUCGUCCGACCUGAAGAUCCGGCUCAAGCUCUGCUCCCGCGACAAGCCCAACUUCUACACGCUGUGCAACAAGAACCGGCGCCGCCGCGGCGGGCCGGGCCGCCGGGCCCAGGAGGACCCGGACCUGGACCAGGACCAGGACCUGGACCCGGACCAGGACCAGCACGGCGGCGGCGCCGCGGCGGCCCGCGCCGGCCGCCACGCCUGCAACGUCUGCGGGAAGAGGUUCAGCCACGCCUCCAGCCUGGGCCGGCACCAGCAGACCCACCGGGCCGGCGCCGCGGGGCCCCCGGGCCGGGCCCGGGCUCCGGCUGGGGGCCCGGCCAGAACCAAGACCUACACCUGCCUGGCCUGCAGCAAGACCUUCAUGCACUCGUCCAGCUUCUCCCGCCACAAGAAGGCGCACCUGCAGGAGCAGCGCCGCGCCGCCAUGCUGGCGGGCCCGGGGCUGGGCCUGGGGCUGGGCCCGGCCGCGCUGCACACGGGCCCGGGUCUGGACCUGCAGGACCAGCGCCGCGCUGCCAUGCUGGUCGGCCCGGUCCUGGACGAGACCGCGCCGCUGGAGUCCGACUCGGAGUGACACCAUCGCCGCCGCGCCGGACUGUGGUCGGAUUGUUCUGGUUCCGGGUUGGUUAUGGACGUGUUUGGGCCCGGACCGGCCCGGUUCUCCUCUCGUGUAAAUAGACGCAGAUUCUGGUCCGGUUGGACCAGCUGACCCCCCCCCCCCCCCCCGUCACACCUGGACCCCCGAGGCAUCAUGGGAAACCUGGAGCCCACCAGAAUAAGAGCCUAGGAGUGUGGAUCCCACCAAAAUAAGAGCCUAGGAGUGUGGAUCCCACCAGAAUAAGAGCCUAGGAGUGUGGAUCCCACCAAAAUAAGAGCCUAGGAGUGUGGAUCCCACCAAAAUAAGAGCCUAGGAGUGUGGAUCCCACCAAAAUAAGAGCCUGUGAGUGUGGAUCCCACCAAAAUAAGAGCCUAGGAGUGUGUUUCCCACCAAAAUAAGAGCCUACAAAGGUGGAUCCCACCAAAAUAAGAGCCUACCAGUGUGGAUCCCACCAAAAUAAGAGCCUACCAGUGUGGAUCCCACCAAAAUAAGAGCCUACAAAGGUGGAUCCCACCAAAAUAAGAGCCUACGAGUGUGGAUCCCUCCAAAAUAAGAGCCUAGGAGUGUGGAUCCCACCAAAAUAAGAGCCUAGGAGUGUGGAUCCCACCAAAAUAAGAGCCUAGGAGUGUGGAUCCCACCAAAAUAAGAGCCUACGAGUGUGGAUCCCACCAAAAUAAGAGCCUACGAGUGUGGAUCCCACCAAAAUAAGAGCCUAGGAGUGUGUUUCCCACCAAAAUAAGAGCCUAGGAGUGUGGAUCCCACCAAAAUAAGAGCCUAGGAGUGUGGAUCCCACCAAAAGGCAUCAUGGGAAACCCCUCCCUGUUCUGAUCAAUAACCGUAUCGGUCGGCUGCUGAUGAUGUCACUCUUCAGCUGAUGAUGUCACUGGUCAUUGGCUGACAGAAGUGGGCGGGGCCUUGGGCGUCUCUCCGUGUGACACUUGCACUUCCUGUUUUGGAAUUUACUUCCUAUUUAUGAAUCCGGAGCGACGUGAGAAUUAUUUCCUUUUUUAUUUUUAAAUGUCCCAAAAAAAAUAAAAAAAACAA